AUGGCAAAGGGGAAAAAGCGAUCCAAAGAGGCAAAGGGUAGAAAAAUCACCCUAAAGAUGGCCAAGAAUGCUCUGAAGCCAACAACGGAUGGGAAACGUCGCCUGGACCUCAGUAACAUGGAGAUCGCUACCUUCCCCAAGUGUAUUCUAAAGCUUUGUGAUGUGGAUGAGCUGGACCUGAGUCGCAACCUGUUGAAGAAGAUUCCGGAGAGCAUUGACAAGUUUGUUAACCUGAGAUGGUUAGACCUGCACAGCAACCAGCUGGAACAGAUACCACAGGCCAUCGGUCGCCUGCAAAAUCUUUACAGUCUUAAUCUUUGCAAUAAUCGUUUGAACACACAUAGCCUUCCACAUGAGCUGGGGCUUCUGAAGAACCUGCGAAGUCUCAACCUGGGCAUGAACAGCAUCGAGAGCCUGCCAGCCUCGGUUUCUGCUCUCAAGCAACUGCGGGAGCUGGGCCUCUUCAACAACCUUCUCACAUCUGUGCCUGGCUGUCUCAAAAACCUUCCCAACUUAGACAAGCUCAACAUCAAUUGUAACCCCAUCCCUCCAGAUAAUCCUCCUGAGCUGGACCCCAUCAAGCGGGUUGAGUGCCUGUACCUGGUGAGAGAGAGUUGCCUGUGUGAUGACUGCCUCCAGAGGUGCAAAGCAAAGAGAGAGAGGUUGGAUAGCAAGACGAGCGGAAGCCCAGUUCAUAAAAGGUCCAUGUUUGCUGGAUUGAUGACACCAAACUCAGUGGCACAAGAGGAUGAGGCUGUGUGGAGAUGA